UUAAUUUGAAGUUGACAGUUCUACGCUGAAUCAGAGAGAUCUUUGUUGUUUUGUGGUUUUUACAAUAAUUUAUUUAUAAAAGAAUUUAUAAUGAGUGUAAUUAAGCCGGCUUCAUCUCUAAACUCAUCUUUAGCAACGUCUCAAUAUGAUAGCCACGAUGAUACUGAACCAACAAAGGUUAAAGUAUAUCUUAAAGAAAGAUUGAAGUCACGGAUUUUUUUGGGACGUUAUGUAGAAAGAAGACUUGCAGACAAGCGUAUCGGCUACCGUGACGUCGUUGUAAUCAGCCCUGCUGAAGUGGAGUUAAAAAAGGAUUUGUUAGAGGUACAGCACAAGUUGUUAACGAUAUGCCCCAGCACACAUUGGAUAGGUAUUACAGACACAGAAGCAAUGGGUUCUACAAAUGGCGUUUGUUUGUGGACAGAGAUAGAUAACCAGCCGUUUGGUCCAUUUUGGUUCCAAAUUAAGAGUUUAAAGUUCAGAGAUGAUGAAGUGAUGGUCACAUUAAAAUGUUUGAGGCAUAUAUCUGACGCAUUCUUAGAAGUAGAACCAAUCUUGACAGGGGCUGUGAAGAAAUGUAAAGCCAUUGAAUCAUCUGACAAAAAGCUGGAGAACAGUGUUGCAUCUCUAAAUGAAACUUGUACUGAUAUUGUUGACACACUAAAAGGUGUUUUAUCAAUAACCAAUGUGAAGGAAUUUUUAACAUUUUUGUUUGCUUUCGUUAUUGCUAUCUUCACUGGAAGUACUUCUUUUGUAAACUUUCUUGGAAACUUUAUUUUAGCAUUGAUCAGAGAAAUGUCUAUCUUAGUAAAGAACUCUACACCAAUGUUUCUUGGCUUGUUAGAUUUCUUUAGCAAAAUUGUGGGAGGAUUUUAUAUUUUGUUGGCAAUGUUAUUCAGACAAAGUGCUCCAGCUCCAUCCAAUAAAAGAACAGUGGGGGUUUAUGAUAGACCACGGAGAUCUUACGAGCGAUAUGAUGAUGGUCAAUUUGAUUAAUUGUUAAGUAAUUAGACUUAAUAUAACUCAAUUUGUUGCCAGCUUUAUAGGUUUAUUCAUGUUUUCUGCUUUAGUAGUCUUUUAUUAUUUAACUUUUUGGUAUAGUUAAAAAUAUUUUCUUUAGAUCUCAUUUAUUUAUGUAUAAAAAAUACAUCUCAUUAUGGCAUUAUUGAUAAAAAAAAUGCAAAUUUAUUUUAUUAAGUACCAAUUAUUUGGUAUUGGUAAUAAUAAAUAUUAACAUAGAUAGAUGGUAUUAUAUCCUGAUAUUUAAAAAUAUUUAACUCUUGUUAUAAGUUAAUUUAUUUAAGCCAAAUAUUACCAAAUCACCAAAAAUGCUUUGAUGACUUACCUACUAAUCAUUCCAAAUGCAUUUACAGAUUGUAAUAAGCUCAGGUAUAUGUUUUGAUAAUAAAAAAACUAAUUUUGUAUUCAAACUUUAAUAAAAUAAAUAUGUAAAUUGUUACAAAAAAUUGUGUAUAAAUUUAUAUACAGCAUUUUAAUGUAAAUUAUUUUUUUGUAAUAAUUUUGGGUUGGUGUUGUUGUUUAUAAAAAUAAUGUAUUGUUACUGGUAUUAUAGAUUUUUUACCAAUA